UUCAAUACUGUGUUUGUUUUUACAGAUGAGAAUCCAAAUAUAAAGGUUAUAAGAAUGAUUUGUACAAAACAAAACUUUGGUAGAAAUUUGUGUACUGCUCUGUACUUUUUCUUCAGUGGAGUGGAAUAUGCCGUUAUAUUGCCCACUUUAAAUGGCUAUCUCAUAUCCUUGCAUGCACCUGAUGGAUUUAUUGGAAUCAUAAUGGCUUCUUUCAGCUUCACUGGUAUUAUUGCCGCUCCCAUAUUCGGUCGCAUCACAGACAAAACCGGAUCAACAAAAUGGUGUGUUAUCAUCAGCAACUUUUUUGAAAUUGGUGGGAAUUUUUUAUAUUUUGUUGGAGGAAGUUAUCAUUUACUAUGGAUAUCAAGACUUGUAGCCGGCAUUGGAUCUGGGGCAUCAUCAUCAAUCUAGGUAUGCUGUCGAGGGCGACAACACCAGAAGAGAGAACUGGAGCUUUUUCUUUGCUAAUGGCAAUGCGUCAAAUUGGUUUGUUGAUUGGACCUGGAUUUAAUGUGUUUUUGAAUAGUUUGAACUUUACACUUGGUCCGUUUAUGCUCAACCAAUUCACUUCGCCUGGACUUUUCAUGGUUGGAAUUUGGUUUAUACAUACAGUUCUGAUGUUUAUUCUCUUCAAGGAUAUUGAAGCAAAUCCUGAUGCAUUGGUUCAAACAAAUGCAGCACCUAAAGAUCAGGCUACUGAUCAUAGUGUUCAAGGUGAAAAUGGACUCAGACAAAGGUUGAGAUCCAUUUCAAUUUCAACUGCACAAGCUAAGACAUUUUUCAAUGAGUUUAUUCGCGAAGAAGUUAUUGUUUGUCUUUCUGCUACGUUUAUGAUCAUGUUUUCACAGACUGGUAUAGAAGCUGCUGUAACUCCUAUGACUUUAUUACUUUUUGAUUGGGGUGGCUUAUUCAACAGCUAUAUGUUCUGUGGCGCUGGAUUUGUUGUGAUUGUUAGUUAUGUGUCUUUAAGCUUCUUGAGUAAACGAUUCUCGGAUCGCUCACUUUUAAUCGCUGGUUGUUUCGGUACUAUCAUUACAUACUCUGUUCUUCUAGGUUACAUACUUUCUUUAUAUUUACAAAACAAUGUUGAAAAUCCUGCUUGGCUACUACCAAUGUUUAUAAUUGAUACCAUACUUUUAACUAUCAGCCUUCCUUUCUUAUGGGUGCCCCAAGCGUCUUUAUUUUCUAAAGUCACAAGCAUUGAAACUCAGGCUUUUAACCAAGGAAUAAGACUAGCUGCAAUGGGUUGUGGUCAAAUUCUUGGUCCAAUAUGGGCAUCAGUAAUGGCAACUGAAAGUCGUUUGCCAAUUAUGGCCGGUGUUGAUCUUUUGAUGGUAUUACUGGUUACAGGCAUGGUUAUUAUGUCUUAUAAAAAACUUGUUGUACCAAUUGAACCAUCUCAUUCUCAACCCAAACCAAGUUUGUUAUCACAACCAGAUAGUGAAAGUUCUCCACUACUCAGUGCCAGCAUAAACGCUUGAAUCUACCAUUGCCAAGUAUAUUGAAGUUCCGAAUUGUAGUUCUAAUGUUUUUCAGUAUUUCGUGUUUAAGUACAACACUUUUGGUUUAAUGCUUCGGAUUUUGAUAUACUACAAUUAUAGUUUUAUAUACUCUGUACCAAAUUACAGUCUCAAUAUAUAUUGGCUCAAAAAAUUAUGACCCGCCUUUACUUACGUUACAUUGCCAAUUCAUUUCAUGAAAUUAUUUUUUUUCCUUCUAUUUUUUACUGCAGUUUUUUUUACAACUUAUGGACAUUACGUAUAUGCGAUCAUGUUUACUACACACGAUUAUCUACAUCAUAGAAUUCAUAGUUACUUUUCAAAAUCUAUGCAUCGUCGAAUUCUAGUAAAUAUUUAUUUGUUCAAUGAUCCAAACUCAUCAUGCACUCGAUUGUAUACGCAUCACAUACACACGUUUUUCUGAUAUUGAAAAUUUUUUAUUGCUUUUAAUUUCAUUUGCAUUGCUGACAUUGAACUCGGAUAUGAAAAAUGUUGAAGAUGAA